AUGGCGGCGGGCGGCCGUGGUGUUGCAGACCCCCUGUCCCCGGCAGGGGUUCCUUGCGCCUUCUCCCCGCUGAACCAGGCCUACUUCGCUUUGGCGUCUGCCGACGGUCAGUUGCGAGUGUGGGAGACAGCCAACAAUAGGCUGCACCAAGAGUACGUGCCUUCCGCGCACCUCAGCGGUACCUGCACCUGCCUGGCCUGGGCGCCAGCGCGGCUGCAGGCCAAGGAAAGUCCCCAGAGGAAAAAAAGGAAAUCAGAGGCUAUAGGACCGAGUAACCAGAUUGACUUGUUGGCUCUUGGUACAGCAGUUGGUAGUAUUUUAUUAUACAGUACAGUAAAAGGAGAAUUGCACAGUAAAUUGAUAAGUGGUGGACAUGACAACAAGGUCAAUUGCAUACAGUGGCAUCAAGACAAUGGCUGUUUAUAUAGUUGUUCAGAUGAUAAACACAUUGUGGAAUGGAAUACACAGACAUGCAAAGUAAAGUGCAAAUGGAAAGGUGACAACAGCAGCGUCAGUUCCCUGUGUAUUAGCCCAGAUGGAAAGAUGUUGCUUUCAGCUGGUCGAACAAUCAAACUAUGGGUUUUGGAGACCAAAGAAAUCUACAGACACUUCACAGGACAUGCAACGCCUGUUUCCUCACUCGUCUUCACUACUGUCAGACCUCCUAGUGAGAGCCAGCCCUUUGAUGGGGUCACAGGCCUUUAUUUCCUGUCAGGAGCAGUGCAUGACCGGCUACUUAACGUCUGGCAGGUCCGGUCAGAAAACAAAGAAAAGAAUGCAGUGAUGUCUUUUACAGUUACAGAUGAACCUGUCUAUAUUGACUUGACGUUGUCAGAAAAUAAAGAAGAGCCUGUCAAGUUAGCUGUUGUUUGCAAAGAUGGUCAAGUUCAUCUUUUUGAACACAUAUUAAAUGGAUACUGCAAAAAGCCUUUGACUUCAAAUUGCACAAUUCAGAUAGUGACACCUGGGAAAGGCAAGAAAUCAACACCAAAACCCAUUCCUAUUCUAGCAGCUGGGUUUUGCUCAGACAAAAUGUCAUUGUUGCUUGUAUACGGCAAUUGGUUUCAGCCCACCAUUGAGCGAGUGGCUUUAAGUUCCAAAGAACCUCACAUGUGUUUAGUAAGAGACAUUUCAAACUGCUGGGCCCCCAAAGUAGAGACGGCUAUAACAAAGGUGAGAACACCAGUGAUGAAUUCUGAAGCAAAAGUUUUGGUGCCUGGGGUACCUGGUCAUCAUGCAGCUAUCAAACCUCCUCCUUCACAAACUGAGGAGGUAGAGAGCAAGAGGAAAUUAGGGGAAAAUGAGAUUAGCAUUGAAGAGCGCCUGGGAGCACUGGAUAUAGAUACAAAGAAAGAGAAGGAUGACCUUCCACAGACAAAUAGCUUUCCAGUUCUUCUCACACAAGGAUUAGAAAGUAAUGAUUUCGAAAUGUUAAAUAAAGUACUUCAGACUAGGAAUUUAAACCUAAUUAAGAGGACUGUAUUAAGGAUGCCCCUGCAUGCUGUUAUUCCAUUGUUGCAAGAGCUUACAAAAAGAUUGCAGGGACAUCCUAAUAGUGCUGUUUUAAUGGUUCAGUGGCUAAAAUGUGUGUUAACGGUCCAUGCAUCCUAUCUAUCCACAUUGCCUGAUCUGGUACCCCAGCUGGGGACACUAUACCAGUUAAUGGAAAGCAGAGUAAAAACUUUUCAGAAACUCUCCCACCUUCAUGGAAAGCUUAUUCUUCUGAUUACUCAAGUCACAGCUUCAGAGAAAUCAAAGGGAAUGACUUGUCCUGAGCAAAAGGCAAAAUUGGUAUAUGAGGAAGAGUCUUCUGAAGAGGAGUCAGAUGAUGAAAUAGAGAAGGAUUCUGAUGAUAAUUGGGAUGAAGAUGAGGAAGAUAAAGAAAGUGAAAAAGAUGAGGAUGUUGAUGAAGAGGAGGAAGAGGAAGAUGCUGAAGAAAAAGACGAGGAAAAUGGUGAGGACAGAGAUGUGGCAAGUGAGAAGGAAUUAAAUGGAGAUUCUGAUUUAGAUCCUGAAAAUGAAAGUGAAGAAGAAUGA